CCCUGGCAGGUGUUCUUUCUUUAUAACAACAAAAAGCCAAGUUUCUCAGUCACCGGGUACAGAGAUGGAAACCAGACGGAAGCCCCAGCUUCUCAUGGUCCUGCUCCUUUUCAGUGUGCUCUCCUCACAAACACUGGCGUGGCCUCUUUUUGGAGCAUCUUCUGCUCUGAGGUUGGGUGACAGAACACCCUAUGGAGGAAAUGAACCUGAUCAAGAGUCAUUAAAAGUAGACACUGACAUCUUGCAAAAUGCAUUAGCUGAAAAUGAUGUAUCCAGGAAUGCCAGGCAUGCUGAUACAAUUUUCACCAGUGAAUAUAGUAAACUCUUGGGUCAAAUUGCUGUCAGAAAAUACCUUGAGGCCUUUAUUGGAAAACGAUUUGGCAAUAAGGUCUCAGAGAACCAGGGACCAAGCAAACGCCAUUCGGAUGCAGUCUUCACCGACAACUACACCCGCCUCCGCAAACAAAUGGCUGUGAAGAAAUACCUGAACUCAAUUCUCAAUGGAAAGAGAAGCGCUGAGGGAGAGUCUCUUGACUUUUUUGAAGAGCUAGAAAAAUGAUGGAAAAGGUCUUCGAGAAAAACUGGUGGUGACUUCCCAGUGAUUCUUGAAGAAAAAUGAUAGGUGAAGUAAUUAUAUUUUGAGUUCUACAUAAGUCAUUCAAAAAAAAUCUUCAGUAUCAAAACCAAAUAAAAUACUGUAUUGUGAAUGUUGCAAUUUAUUUUAAGCUAAUGUAAUAACUGCUCUUUACUGUGUUGCAAAUAUUAUUUGAGAGUUCUUAAAUUUGUCUUUAACUUGUGAAAAUCCUGUAAUUUCAUGUGCUGUGUAUUCUUUCUAAAAAAAUAUAUUUACUGAUAAGAAAAUACAAGACUAAUUCCAAUUGUAUGAGGCUUUUUGGAAGGGUAGAAAUAGAGCAAAAUUGAUGUGUUUAUUUAUAGAGCUUCCUUAACUAUUCAGAAGAGUGGAACAGAUAAUCAGUGUGUCCAAAUUUGAAUGUUAAGCAGAUAGAAUGCUGUGUUGAAUAAACCUCAAAAUGUCUAAGAAAAUACUAACCAAGAUAAAGUCAUUCUUCAAAAAAAAUUGUUUAAAAAUGUAAUGCAUUUUCAAAUUUAUAAGCAACCUUUAUUUUGAACUGGAUUAAAAUCUCACAAAUUUGGAUCUCUAAAUGCCAAAGGCUCUCUCCUGAUUUAUUGAUUCAAUGAAGGAGAAUGCCUCUGCUUCCUACAUUGGGCCUGGCCUUUAUUCUUGUGAAAAGUAUGUGUAGAAUGUAAACUGAGGGGAACAUUUGUUUUUUAGUGCUAAUAUUUUUUUUUCCAUAAUCAUUCAAAGAAUGCUUUGGUGAUACCAGCUUCUAUCAGUGAAAGUGCAUUUGGAGACACAACUAUUUUUCCAAAAUGACUGUAAGAAAUUAAACAUAAAAAAUAAAGAUAUUUAAUUAUCAUUGCAAACAAUUUCUGUUGUUUUGAGUCUUUAAAUGAUACAAUAACAGCUCAUCCUAGUGCUAAAGUUCCAGACACUAG